CACUCUAGUCUGGGUUGCGCUUCCGGUCUCUUGGUCCUCCUGAUCACAGUGGACUUCUUUGUUAUCCUCUGCUAUCACCUUAGAUCCUGACUUUGGGCUUUUGCCUAAACUGUGCUCUUGGACUGGACACCUCCCUUACUGCUUGCUACCUUCAACAACUGGACCUAACUUCUGUUUUUUUGUUUUUUUUUUUUAAGGUCGCACCAGCAACCACGCCUUCUUGGCGGAUCGUCUGCAGACUGCUGUAGGGUGGGUUUCUAUCUGCCGUUCCACCCAUUCCCCUCUCUCCUCAGUCUUUGGUCUCGACACUCUACCCCCCACCCCACCUCAGGCACCCUCCAUCACCCCGGACAGUCUGCGGCUGGGUCUGAUUCCUCCAUCAGACCGUGAUCUCCGUGUGCAAGGGCAGAUUUAGGGGUCUGAUUCACCUUUGAGUUCCAGUGCAGAGGAGGGGUGGAACACUGCGCAGGAGAAGGGGAGGGGGGUGGCGACGCGGCGAAAGGGGUGGGUGGGAAUGCAGCCCUGGUUGGAGAAGGUGCAGAGAGGAAGAGGAGAGGGAGAACACACCCAUCUAGAAAGGGAGAAAACCAGAAAGAAAAUGCAAGAACCUUCGCUAGCAAAAUGGUUGAAGACGCAGACAGGGAAAGGCUGAAAGGGCAGAUAGAAGGGAGGCGAAAAAAAGAAUCACAUGGGAGUGGAGGACGAGACGGAGGAGGCCUAGAGUCUGGAAGGAAGGAGAGCUGGAGGGAAUCGAAGGGUAGAAAGCUACUGAGACUGAACGGACUCUAUCCGAGGAGGAGGAGGGAAGGAGGGAGUCUGCUUCCACUGCCUCCCGGCCUCUCUUUUGUCCCUUCCCUUCUCCCUGCGUCACGUUCCCCUAGCCCAGCCUCCCCUCCCGCUCCCUCCUCCGCCCUGCUCCUCCUCCCUAGGGCUGGAUGGAAUUUUUUCCCCUGGACCCGGGCCAGCUUCGGGGCAGGGGGGUGGGGGGAAGCCAGGCCGGACAGGGCUGGGCGGUGGGGAGGGGCCGGGCAGGGGCCCCCCGGGGAGGGGGCCGGUCCGAGGCCACGCUGCCCGCGGGGACUAGGGAGGGGGAGCCGGGGAGCUCAGUGCCGGGAGGAGGCACCGGCCGGAGGCAGCAGGCGACCGGGGGCGGAGGAUGGCGGGGCUGGCGGGAGGAAGAGGAGAGGCCGCGGGCGGCUGAGGAGGGAGAGGAUGGAGAAGCUGGGGCUGGGGCUGGAGGAGGACAGUGGGUCCUCGCGACGCUGGAGCUGCGGAGCGACUAUGAUGAGAGGAGCCAUCUGCAUGAUGAAUUUACACAGAUGACAAUUUCUCUUCACGAGAUGGCUGAUCUACGGGUGCCCUUUUGGAUUGCCUUCUCCAAAUCUGCAACAACAAUGAAGAAGAUCAUUGAAGGCCUUCCAAAAGCCCAGGUCUGCAUCCCUCCUUGUGGCGUCCAGGAGGCGACUAGGCAGUUCCACUGCCAGGGCUGCUAUUCUGCAAUCUGCGAUCUGCCUUUAGAUUGCCCAGUUCAGGACAUGUUGGUGAACCGAGGGGACCAGGCUUUGUUUUCUUGUAUCGUGGCUUUCCAGUUGCCAGAGUCGGAGGUCUCUUAUUCCUGGAAAUUUGCGGGAGGAGGUAUCCGGACUCGGGACAUAUCCUACUUCCGUGAUUUGCCGGGGGCUCACGGGUACCUGGCACGAAUCCGGCCAGUGAAACCCAGCCACAGUGGGACCUUUACCUGCGCGAUCGUGCACGACCAGCGCCCCCUGGCGCGUCUCUACUUCUAUCUGAACGUGACCGGCCCUCCUCCGCCUGAGGAGACUAAGCUCCAGGUCACGUUCCGGGAAGUGCUGCUUUGGACGCCGCCAAAGGCGGAAAAGAUCCAGCCCUGGGAGCCCAGCCUAGGCGAGCUACUUACCAGCCCCCGGGCUCUGACGUUUGGCAACCUAUUCCUGCUCGUGGCCACCGCUGCACUUGGAUCUGCUAGUGUUAUUGUGCUAGUGUGAAUCAGGAGACCAGGCCCCAGCACUACUUCUUCGGAUCUAGGAGUUCAGGUCUGUUCUGUGUUAUAACCCUUGAGUCCCGAUACCAAGCCUCCUUGGAAACUCAGGUCAAAGCUCCGUGCCCUUUGAAACUCAAGUGUGUUUUAUCACACUGGGCCUUCCUAUAGCACAGACUCCUUUGUUUUCUCAGGCUGUUCUUUCGAUGGUACUUAAGUGGCAACUAACAAAUCCUGAUCCUACAUCUGUUCUGGAAAUAAAGUAUAUAUUUAAGUUAGUUCAUGGGUGUUUGUUUGUUACCUUUCAAAUACUCAGGUGAAUAUGUCGAUGGGAUACAAACUAUUUUAGUUUGUGAGACAUUCUGGAGGACUUUGGGCAUCAGCUCAAACCGUUUUCUGUUCUCUAGCAGAUUUCUUUAUAUUUCCAUCUCUAGAAAAUACCCUCAUAGUACUACUAUAUGGUAACCCCUUCCCCACAAAAACAAAACAACCCAACCCCCCCCCCAAAAAAACACAAAAAUCCUAAAAAAAACCUUUCCCUAACCUCUUUUUUAUAUCAGAAAAGGCACUUAUAGCCUUCUGUUAGCAGCAACCACUGAGCAGCACUGUCAGCCCUUUACUGGGAGGGUCCUAGGCAGGAGCUAUACCACUGAGUCACACCCUAUCCCUUGCUGAAGUAUUCUAGGAAGGGGCUCUACCACUGAGUUACACUCCCAAACUCUCUCACUAGGCGAUAGCUCUAGUAGUGGGCUACACCUCUAGUCCCUUAUUGUGGAUUCUAGACAAGUAUUAUACAGCUGAGCUACAUGCCUAGUCUGGUUUCUUGUGUGUGUGGGGGGAUUGGAUAGAUACGUGUCCAUGAAUUUGCAUGUAGAAGCCAGAGGGUCAAUACCAGUGCCAUUUUUCAGUCAAUUCACUGUUUUGUUUUUGUUACAGGGUUUCUCAAUGACUAAGAAGUGCCUGGCUAGGCUAGCUAGCCAACAAGCCCCAAGUAUCGAUAUGUCACCACCUCAUCAGCUCUAGAAUUUAAGUGUAUGCUUUUUACAUGCAGAUUCUGGGGAUGGACUCAGAUCUUAAAUGCUCAUUUCCAAAACAGUAUUUUUAAGUAUGUGACAUUGGGUUACUUCUCUGCCCUAAAUCCAUCAAUAGCUUCCUGUUAUCACUGGAACCAAAUCUAAUUUCUUAUUAAAACUCCCAAGGCCCCACACAUUCUGGCCCUUGUUCAUCUUCCCUGCCUUGUCCCUUCGAAAGAAAGAAGAGGGCUGUCCAUCCUACCUUGCCAUUCUGUUUUCUCCCUGUAGUAUCCGUUAAGAUUCUCAGUCACCCCAGGAUCUUGGCACAGUUCUUAUUUACAGUAAUGAGUUUCUUUCCUCUAUCCUCAUGUCCUCUUAGUCCCCUGACACCACCCUACUCAUUUCUAUUACCAUUACAUUAUCCCUGUAAAUAACCAUGACAGCCCUCCAAAACCUGCACUGUUUUAUUGUGUAGCUUUUAUCUCUUCUCAUCUCUGCCUUGUUACUUUUCAGGGGGCCUUAGCUUUAGUCCCCUGAACUUUGAGAGCUCUGUUCCAUGUCUGAAACUUCACCCACGCUCUGCCUGGCUCUUGAAAUGACUCCCCUUUGAACGUGAACUCACUUCCCACCUAUUGCACAGGCCCCAGCCCACAAUUCACUUUCUCUGACUAGUCAGUCCCUACUCCUUAGGCCUUCACCCUGCACUCCCCACCCCCUGGUUCCAGAUAACAUGUUUGAUGGUUAAUUUUUUUGUUUUUGUUUUUUUCAAGACAGGGUUUCUCUGUGUAGCCCUGGCUGUCCUGGAACUCACUCUGUAGACCAGACUGGACUCAGAAAUCUACCUGCCUCUGCCUCCCAAGUGCUGGGAUUAAAGGCGUACGCCACCACUGCCCGACUUGAUGGUUUUUUUUUUUUAAGGUGAAGUCUUUAGCCCAGGAACACCUAAAUAAAACUCGCAUAACUUUAAACUUUUGAUCCUCCUGACUCCACCUCCCAAGUGCUGGUAAGACAGGUAUGCACUGCUGUGCUCAGUUUUAUGCAGUGAUAGAGGCAGAACUUAAUGUUUUGUGCCUGUUAGGUAUGUAUGUACUGUAACAAGUCGCUGUAUAUCCCGAGCCCUAGCCUAGACAUGAUUAGUUAUUAGCACUUUCCACCUCCUUUCCCCUUUUCAAUGGUGAUAGCAAAAGGUAGAGUUUUCUAAUCUUCUAAACAUGGCUUAGUGUUGCUAGUGACAGGCUACACUAUCUGACUGGUGUCCUUCCCUCCUUCCAUCAACCCUUCUUUCCUUUUUGAAUGUUCUCUGUGUUGUGUAUGAGUGUGUGUGUGUGUGUGUGUGUGUGUGUGUGUGUGUCUAAUGUUAGGAAAAGCCUGACAGCAGGCAGGGAAAGUCAGAGGUAGGAAGAGGAAGCUGCCUGAUCAUAGUUUGAUCCACCAGGUAGGCAGUGAAGAGAAAGAAGGGAACAGUGAGGCUGUAACCUUGAUCGUCCCACCUCUAGCUUCCAAGUGCAGUUAUCAUGGGCCUGCAGUAACAUAUGUGGUUUUUGCAGUGCUGGGUUGAAACUCAGCCUCAUCCAUGCUAGAUAAGCACCUUAGGAGCUAAGGAACAGCCCCUAUCCCAGAACAAACAAAACAAAAGCAGAAGGAGCAAGCUGCUGAGACUCCUGUUUCUUCCUAACACUCAAGUGAUGACAACAUCCCUCAGUGGGAGGGCCAUGGUUUUAAGAAUUCGGAUAUCAUUAAUAAACUUAAUUUGAUGACCAAUUUUGUGGAAUGGGAGAUAGGUACAGUGGGAGUGCUGAUCUUGUGAUUGGCUUGGGUUUUCAACAGUGAGAGUCAACAUUAGUCAUAGGGAAACGGAGAUCCAAACCACAAAGAGAAAUCAAACUGCAGCCACUGGGAGAGCUUGUAAUUAAAAUGUUAGGUAAUAAGAGAGAUCAAAAGGCUCAUCACAUCUGCUAGCAGUGAGGUGAGACAGAUGUAGCCCCUGUGGGAAUGUCUGCUGGUUCCUACCAGAAUUGUGUUCUCUUGACUACACUGGACAAAGAUAACCUUGAACUCCUGAUCCUCUCACCUCCACCUUCCAUGACUAUCCUAGGAAGCUUGUGGCAGCCAAGGCUGGCAGAUGCAGUGGCUAAUCAGAGCCUUUACCUCAAACAUAAUGGAAAUCGAAGACUGAAUGCUGAGGUGACAUAUUCUUUGACCUCUAGGUGUGUGCACACAGUCGCAUGAAUGUACACAUACAUGCAUGAAUAUAUACCUAUGCACAUGCAUGAACCCAAAGUUGAUGAAAUAGCUGGGGCUGUUGACGUGGCUCGGUUAGUGGAAUAAUUGUCUAGCAUGCUCAAAGACCCUAGUUCUGUCCUCUGAAGGUGAGCAGUGUGUCGAUUCAUGUGUAUAAUUCCAAAACUUGGAAGAUGAAGGCUGGAGGAUCAGAAGCUCAGGGUCAUCCUUGCCAUGCUUGAGGCUAACUUGUACUCUAUAAGAGUCUGUCUGAAAAUAAUAAUAGUUAAACAGAAUUACUGUGAGACAUAGUACUUUUUGUUUGUUUUUUUCAAGACAGGGUUUCUCCGUGUAGCCCUGGCUGUCCUGGAACUCACUCUGUAGACCAGGGUGGCCUCGAACUCAGAAAUCCGCCUGCCUUUGCUUCCCAAGUGCUGGGAUUAAAGGCGUGCGCCACCACUGCCCAGCAGUUCUUAGGUGUAUACUCAAGGGAAUUAAAAUCUUAGGCCCACGAGAAAACUCUUUGAAGAAUGUCAUAGUUCCAAGAACAACAAGUUCCAAUCUAAAUAUCUUUCCCCUGAUGAUAAGGUAGAUGAAACAUAGGUUGUGUCCCUAUUAGGGUAUACUGGUUAAAAAUAAAAAAGGAAUAAAUAAAUCAGAGAGUCAGUAGCAUGAAUGAGCUUUGAAAGUGUUAUGCUGAAUCAUGCCAUCAAAGAAGACCACAGACUGCCUGAUUCCAUUUAUAUGAAUUAUCUAGAACAGGCAAAUUCACAGCCAAAAUUCAGUGGCUAUCUCAAGGGUAUGCAGGAGGAGGGACACUGGGAGGAAGCCUGACUACCAGUGAGUGGGUCAAGAGUCACCUAGGGAGUGAUGGGAGUGUUAGAUUAUGACUGUGGCUACACGAAUGGUCAGUUUACUAAAACAAUUAUACCAGCCUUUUCAUGGAAUAUUGCUCUCCACAAAAAGGAAAGGGGUAUGGUAGUUAAGAAGGAAACUGAAGGCAAGAGAGCCUUGGUGAGACAAGCUUUCAUGUAGCCCAGGAUGGCUUUGAACUCACUUUGUAGCAAAGUAUGAUGUUUAAUUUUGAUUGUUUAGUUGAUACCUGGGAACAGAGUCUCUGGAUUAGAGUAGCCUUCCUGUGAGUGAUUUUAUCGGGGUUCACUGAGGUGGGAUAAGUCUCCCUGAAUGUAGGUGGCACCAUUUUAUGGGCUGGGACCUAGACUGAUUAAAAAGUGAGCCGAGCAACAAGCAUGACAUGGGUGCAUUAAUCCAUGGCUCUCUGCUCUUGCCUGGAUGGGAUCUGACUUGCUGCUUCUGCUUUGCACCGCCUUGACUUCCUGCAAUAAUGAACGGUGGCUGGAAUUUUAAGCCAUAUAAACCUUUUUUUCCUUGUUGCUUUCGUCAGGUUGCUCACAGCAACAGGACACAAAAGUAAUUGAGAAUGGGUGUGAACUUCUCAUUUCUCCUGCCUUCAACUUCCAGGUGAUAGAGAUUUUAGGUGUAUAUCACAUCCUCUGGCUAAUAAAUGAAUUUCCUUUAAUUUACAUUUAAGAUGUAUGAAUGCUUUGUCUACGUGUACACAUCUCUACACUAUACCCAUGAAUGCCAGAAGAAGAUGUUGGAUCUUCAGGAAUUGAAGUUACACAGGUGGUGAGCCACCAUGUGGGCACUGGAAAUUGUACUCUGUUCCUCUGGAAGACAAGCCAGUGCUCUUAACUGUUGGCUCCCCAGCUUUAAUAACUGUUUUCUGAAGAUUGAAUCUAGGUUCCCAGGAAGGAGCAUGCUCUGUGGAGGCUCAAACAUCCAUCACACCAGACAGGACCUUGUGUCCCAAAUUCUCAGUGACAAGAAAGUGGGAAGAGAUACUUGGAAGAAAAUAAAUAAAAAAUUUAUUAUAUAAUCUUACAGUACAAACAUUAAAUACCAACAGGGAGAAAGCGGAGACCUUCUGGCCCUGGUCCUUCAACCCCACUCCCUGAUCAAUAAAUUACCCCUACCCAGAGACCCAGAAGUUUGAGUUCCAAUACAGUCCAUACUGAAGAAUCUUCAAUGACUCCCUCAUUUCAAAGAGAAGGUAAACUGAGUCCCCAUGAAAGCCACGACUCCAGGGUAUACGUCAUAAGGACUCCUGUCUCCUUUAAGAGCUCUCAGAGGCAUCUUCAUGCCCAGACUCAUACUUGGACACGGUAGCCACCGCUCCGACGUCUGCACAGCCUCCGCACCCCUACCCAAUAGAUAGUCAACAUUACUACCCAGUAGACCACAUAGGCACUGGCCCCAGCAGCAAGGUGGUAGGCUUCAGCUGCUCGGGAUGGGCCGCUCCAGUCAGCUCUGGCCUCCUGGACCACACUGCGGGUUAGGCCUCCAAGCAGUAGUAGCGCCCAGAGUGCCAGGGGCAAAACGGGGACGUAGUUAGCAGCUAGUUUCUUCCGGCCUGAGGUGCCCCAACCACUUUGAUUCAUGGUAACCAACGCCAGGAACUUGGCAGGCAGCAGGCCGCACAUGUAGAGUGGUGCAUAGAGUGACAGUAGCACCAUGCGCAGGCAGCCACGCAGCCAGGCUGCAAAGGCCGCCUUGGCCAGUGCCACGCCCUGCACGCAAAGCAGCACCCAGAGCAGAGCCCACGGGCGCCCUGCAUAGAAGAGCCUCAGCACUGUGGCAGCCACGAAGAAAGGGAAGAGGCCUGAGACCACUGCUUCAUAGGUCAUCCACGCGUGGUGGCGGUGCCACCACAGGGCGUUGUAUAACCACUCUCGGAAGUAAGAUUUGGACCAGCGGGUCUGCUGGCUCAACCAACGAAGGAAGGAGGAGGGCGUCUCCGAGUAGCAUCUGGAGCGCGAGGUAUACCUAACAGGCACAAAGGAAGAAAGGCAUCAGUGUUUUUCUCCCUGAGGUCGGGGCAGGAGUUUUAAAUUUUAAGAUCAUUUUAUCUGCGUGAAUAUUUUGCUUGCAUGCAUGUAUGUGUGCUACAUAUGUUCGUGGUGCCUAAAGAGGUCAGAAGAGAGCAUCGCAGAGUUAUAGAUGGAACUCUAGGAGAUUGUGGACUGCCAUGUGGGUGCUGGCAAUUGAAACUGGGUCCUUUCCUAGAGCAAUGAGUGCUCUUCAUUUUGGAGGUGUCCGUGCUGUCCAAUUGGCAGAUUUUCAAAGUGACCACUUUCACUACUAUUGUGGCUUCUCUCUCUCUCUUUUCUGUGUUUGUUUUGUGGUCACUGUGACAAGACACAUGACAACAAUGGCUUAAGAAAGGAACAGCUGUGGCUCAUAGUUCAGAGAUAAAGUCUGGCAUGGAAGAGAAAGCACGGAGACAGCAAUAUGAGGCAUCUGAUUACAUUGCAUUCAUGGACAGGAAGCAGAGAGAAAUGAAUGGUGUGUGUGGCGAGUGGUUGUGCAUGAGUACGAGAAAGUAUUGAGUGGAGGUCAGUGAACUAUUUACAGGAAUCAGUUCUCAUCCUUAGACCUAGACAAGACAACCUAGCUUGCCCAGCUUGCUUCUUUGUAUUCAAUCUGGGCUACCUCACCCCACAAAAUGGCGCUGCCCACAUUUAGAAUGGGUCUUAUCAUUUUUAUGAACCUAACGUAGAAAAUCUCUGACUGACAUGCUCAGAGAUUUGUCUUCUAAGUUAUCAUACAUCCUGCCAAGUUGACAGUACUAGCUAUCAUACUUAAUCUCUGAGCUUCAGUUUGAUGUUGAAAGGUUUGUUUUAUUUUUAUUUUGCCUAUGUGUGUGUGUGUGUGUGUGUGUGUGUGUGUGUGUGUGUGUAUCUGUGUGUGUGUGUGUGUGUAUCUGUGUGUGUGUGUGUGGGGAGUUGGGGGGCUGGGUGCCAACGUGUAUGGAUACACAAAGAGGCCAGAAGAGUGUCUCAAGUACCUUGUAGAUGGAGGUAGAGGCAAUUGUGAACACUAGAUGGCGGUGCUAGAAUUCAACUUGAGUCCUCUGGAAGUCUCUUCAGCCUUCUAAGCAUCCUUUCUAUGGACCUAUACCAUUAUUUCAUAUUUACAACAGCCCAGAUUCCAUGAAGAUUGAAAUGCCAAGCAGUUUCUAGUAACUGCUCAAUUAAUGUGAGCUACUGCUGUUUUUCCUGUGACUAACACUAUUACUAUAGACAUGACUAAUACUAUAGUCAUCGACACUAACAUCGUCAGUGACUUGACUAAGUUCUGACUAAAUUGGCAGGUCCUGUCAUGAGGAGCAAGACGAGACUGGCUGCUACCCAGGUUAGUCUCUGUGUAAGAAAUUCUCAAAAGAGCAAUUGGGCUCCUUGUGGCUGAGGCAACGUGUGCAUCCAUACAUGUUGGCACCCAGCCCCCCAACUCCCUACACACAGACACACAGACACACAUAUUAAUUCUCAUUAAUCUGUCCCUGCAUGACUUAGCCACAUUCAGUAAAGGUUAGAUAGAAACCCAAUUAGGGAAAGUCACAAGUGGUCAGAAGUAGUUGGUUCAUUAGGCAACAUCAGUCAAACUAGUCUAUUGCCAAGGGCAGUACUUGACAGAGUCUCUCCUUGAGUCAUGUGGCACCUUCCACACCCUGUUUGCUUCUGCCUUUGCUGUUGGUACCCAGACCAUCUGUCUGAGGAUGCUGGUACAUGCCAGUCUUCUCCUUAAAGCCCUCCACCAUUCAAUGUUGGUGAAGGUCCUAUGAGCCUAUCAUAAGGGGACCCCGUGUUGGCCUUCUGUCCUCUUUCCUGGUGCUCUAGACUAGCAUGAGAUUAUUCUCCAAACUGAAACAUUUCCUCUUGGAGGGAGGAGGGGACAUUUAAAAUGUUAAUGGAAGCUCAUGAGACUAACAAGACCCAGACUCGGGAAGCUUAAAAUAUUACAAGAAGAACCCUGCUAAGGGAUGUGUGCAUGGCAGGGGCAAGGGAGAGGCUUCAGUGGAGCUACUUGCCAGGUAUGCAGGGAGCUCUACAGAUACAGCUCUUGUCAAAGCUGCCUCAGAAUCAUUCAGACAUAAGUAAACCCAAUGAUCUCACUAGCACCAUGUUAAACUUGGGUAGAUUUUGUUUUGCUUUGUUAUCUGUUUGUUUUGGUAUGUCAUAUGUGCCCUGACUGAGGCAAAUGGAUGCCUGUUCUCAUCUGUGCCAGUUAGUUUCAAGUUGCCACAAUACAGAACCAAUUGAGAGGAAAGCCUCUAUUGAGGAGCUGUCUAGAUCAGGUUCCCCCCUUGGCAUGUAUCUGUGGGGAGCUGUCUUGACUGUUCACUGGGGUGACAAGACUCAUGCGAACUUGAGUAGCACUACUUCACAGGGCAGUCACUGAACAGUGUGAGAGUAAGAGAAAGCUAGCUAUAUAGUAAGCAGAAGGUGGCAGCCUGAGAAGUUCCAUUCAUCUCUCUCUGCUUUUGAAUGUGGAUGUGACAUCACUGGUUGCUUGAGUUCCUACCUUGAAGCGCUGGGAUCAGGAAUUGUUGUAAGCCAAAUAAAUAUGCCCUCCCUUAAGUUGUUUCAGUCAAGGAUAUUUGUGGCAGAAACAAAAAUUAAACUACUCCUUUCCUGGGGAAAGUCACAAAACAUAGGACACAGGUUGCCACUCCUGACAGAUACAUUGUCUCCUCAAAGCAAGGAAGAAUUUGUCUUCUUUUGUCUACUGCUGUGCCUCUAGAGCAUCCAACAGAGACUUAGUAACGGAAUUCAUAUUGUCACUGAGACUUCUCCAGAGUGCUUACAGGUGAUCAGGCACUCUUCUCUGUUAGCAAUUGCCUAUUUUUUUUUCUUGCUGCAUUUGCCACCAGUUUUUUCUCACCCUAUCCACUCAUCUCAUCCCUCUUACUUCACUUCCAUGUUGGCUUGCUCUCCUUAGUACAGGCCACUCAACCCACCUACCUUGUCUCUUCCAUGUGGAACUAACACACCCUCACUUUGUCUUGCUUAGAGGAGACCAUUUCAUGAAAAGAGUUCAUGAAAACCCUUGCCAACCCUUACAAUACCUCCAAUUUUCUCCUAAUAUCAAACUCUUUGAAAGCCACUGGCUAAAUACAAAUAGCUCCUCUGCCUUUUAUGGUAUCUAUCCUCAGUCUCCGUCUCCGUCUCGGUCUCGGUCUCGGUCUCCCUCUCUCUCUCUCUCCCUCUCCCUCUCCCUCUCCCUCUCCCUCUCCUCCCUCUCCCUUUCCCUCUCUCUCUCUCUCUCUCUCUCUCUCUCUCUCUCUCUGACACUCACUUGCUUCACACAUUUGACCACUUAACUUACUUGGUAGCAUAGCCCAUGCUGAGCAUGCGGUGUCUCCAUCUCCAUCUCCGUCUCCGUCUCCGUCUCUCCCCCCCUCCCCCUCUCUCUCAGACACUCACUUGCUUCACACAUUUGACCCCGUAACUUACUUGGUAGCAUAGCCCAUGCUGAGCAUGCGGUUGGUGAGGUGCCUGUCAUCCCCAAAUGUGCAGUGGGUGCCCAGGAACUUCUGGUUGUACCAGGCCUCUAGGAACUGCUGCAGGAGAUUGUUUCUGUAUAGGCCUAGGUAGAGUGGGGAGUAGCCAAGCAUCAGCCUCUGAUGUGGACAAUGUUCUGUGCUUCCCACCCUGUGCUUCCUCUUCUCCAUCUUUGUACCUCACUAUCCCCCCCAAACAGCCCCAGUCUUAGGCUCAAGCCCAUUCCAAUGUGCUUGUCACUUGACCAUGCACUCUCACCAAUCUCCCGACAAAGCCACUGCAUUCUCAGUGCUCUCUUCAACUACAUCUCACUCCCUUCCACAGCCCUUUUGCAGCCACUUC